AUGGCCGCUGAUCUUUACUCCCUCCCUUCCCUACCCUGCAGUUUGCCAACUAUCGAUGAUCCGAACAAGCUCGACCUUGCUAGUGUCGCCUUGCAGACUCAGAUAAUUCUAUCCCAACUGAAGCAAGACGACUUCGUUAUCGAUGCCAUUUGGCGUGAUAGUUUCGCCCUCACAGGCACGCUUCGCACCUUCUACUCCGCCGCUGCGGUAUUCAGAGCCUGGACGGAGACGAGCGCGACGCACCGUCCAAAAACCUUUGCUGUACCCACAGCGCAGCCUAGAGUGACGAGAGUAGCGGCUGCCGUAUGGCUCGAGGUACCGUUUACAUUUGAGACGACGGGCAUACCGGCCACAACAUGCAGCGGCUUUGCGUCCAUGACCCUACACGACGGGCGUUGGAAGAUCUGGGUCUUAAGAACCAUCCUAGAAGGGUUGGAAGGAGAGCCGGACGUGGAUGUUCUUGAGCCGGUUCCUCGUCCCAAUGAAAUCACCACCAAUGGGGCCACCACGAAUGGCCAUGGGAAGAACAGCUCUAAGACUCCUGAUUAUUAUGGAUGCGCUAUCAUCGGUGGCGGCCAGGCAGGUUUGAGCGUUGGAGGUAGACUACAAGCACUGGGAGUCUCCUAUGUUAUCCUGGAUAAACACGAAGAGAUUGGAGACAAUUGGAAGACCAGAUAUGAUUCGACUAAGCGUAUGCCCCCAUAA